UUCCUCUCGUCGGCGCGGAACUUCUGCAAUCAAGAUUUUGCCGAUCUUCUUCCUUUUUACGCUGCAAUUUGACUGUUUACUUCAGUUCAUCAAUCUGCUCUUGGAUUCCAACAAUAAGAUGCUCGCAGUUUCAGGGUCAAAUUUGGGAUGCCAAUAUCAGAUUAGUGUGCUUGUCAUGCAAAAAUGGCAAUGCCCUGGCAUAAGGAACACGGAAUUACAGACUUUACGCACAAGGUCUCUGAAAAAGAAAUCAGUAACUUGUACAAUACACCAACCAACUGAAUUCUCCCCUGUUAAUAAGAGGGGUAGAGAUGACAGACCCUUGGUUAAGAUGUGUGGAAUUACAUCAGCUAAAGAUGCAGCACUGGCAGCAGAAGCUGGUGCUGACUUUAUUGGGAUGAUCCUUUGGCCUAAUUCUAAGCGUUCAGUUUCAAUUUCUACUGCAAAAGAAAUUUCAAAAGUUGCACGUGAAUACGGGGCAAAGCCUGUUGGGGUGUUUGUUGAAGAUGACUCCAACUCAAUACUGAGGGCUUCUGAUGAUGCGGAUCUUGAGUUUGUGCAGCUUCAUGGAGAUGGAUCACGGUCUGCAUUUUCUGUUUUAGCAAAGGAGAAGCAAAUAAUUUAUGUUCUUCAUGCGAAUGAGGACAGUCACCUUCUGAACCACAUAUCUGAUGAAGAUUGUUCUUUGGUUGAUUGGAUUCUGGUGGACAGUGCAAAAGGGGGAAGUGGUAAAGGAUUUAACUGGUCCAAAUUCAAGCUACCGCCAAUCAGGAGCAAACAUGGGUGGCUCUUGGCAGGAGGGAUGAAACCUGAGAAUGUAAGUGAAGCUCUUUCUACACUAAAACCAGAUGGAGUUGAUGUCAGCAGUGGUAUCUGUGCUUCAGAUGGCAUUCAGAAAGACAAGUCAUGUAUAUGCUCUUUCAUGACUGCAGUAAAUUCCUUUCACUAUUGAUCAAAAUCAAUCUAGAAACAUGAAUACCUGUGUUCUGUAACUUUUUUAGAUCAUAACGCGUAUCUAGCUUCAAAAUCCCUCCUGUUUGAGCAAUCUAUAUUGCUCAUGUACUUGGCUCUAGAUUCUGUUUAAUAUUUAACUAGAUUCAUGUGUACCAA